AAAUGGCAACGCCGCCGUUCACGCUCGAUCUCAGCGCGAGCCCCCGAUGACGCAACGAGUUGCCGACGGCGCUUCGUCACUUCUUCGGCAAUUUCCGUGACGGCGAUUGGAAAAUCCCUGCGCGAGUCCAUAAAAGAGCAAAGUUGCCCAAAUGGAAGCUGAAAGAAAGUUGGCCGAGUUCGGCGCCGAGCAGACCGCGCGAGACCCCGAGCCGCCGUGACCGACAUGCACGCGCACAACGUUUUCAGGCUUCUGUGCUGCUUCAUGCUGCCGCGCGCCCUGCGCUCCGCUCCCGCCGCCGCCGCCGCCUGGCCGCCUCUCCGUGACGCCGUGGACCGAGCCCGGAUGUUGAUGGACAAGAUCGCCAAAGACAUCCCUGCUGUGCACGUGACCGUGGUCAGCACGGAGGGUUUGACCCUUGACCUGUGCCAGCAGGCCAGCAGCUGGCAGAUGAUGGCGGCGUCGCUGGGCAUCCCCCCCGCCCCCGUCCUCAAGCCGCUGUCGGAAGGCUUCACACCUGAAAUCAGUGUGAGCCGCAUGGCGGCGGGCGGCCGUCUGUACCAGGGGCUGCUGGGGGUCUUGUCGGGGCGCCUUGGUGGGCUGGACCGCUUGCGGGCCGACUUGCGAGACCUGCUGACUCAGAUCGCCAAGGUGAGGGAAGUGGCGCAACUGACAGACGUGGACCAGAGCCAGAACCAGAACCAGGACGUGGACUUGGCCUCGCAUCUCCACGGCGACUAUGAGGUCCAAGUGGCGGCGCACCUGACACUGUGCCAACUUCGCUCCUUCUGUCACGACAUGAUCCGCAGCCUGAGAGCGCUCGCCGUCCUCCGCUACCCGCUAAACGUGGAGCGUUUACCAGGAGGCGAGGACUUUUAAUUUGGCGGGCAACCACGGAAAGACUUCUCUGCUGCCCCCUGCUGGACAGACAGGUGGUGCAGCCAUCUUGAACAUGAACCCUAUUUAUGCUAUUUAUGCUAUUUAUUUAUUGUUUGCCAGUGACGGACACUUCCUGUUCUUUCACAAUAAGAGCCUUUUAUUUCAAGUCGACGACAUGACAAUAAAUGUUCUCCCACUGUGUUAACGUGGGUGUCUUCACUA